AUGUCAAGGGCCAGGUCGAUUGCACACGAUUUGAACACCAAGCAGCUAUCCCGAUUGUUGAAUAGCCUGAUGAGUCUGUCGCGGGUCGGGUUUGACAACAUGCGAAUCAUAUUGGAGAUCACGAGGCUCUUGAGCAAGAGCUUGUACGAGCUCACAGCCAAGAGAGCGGCAAGGACUUUCCAUUCUAUCGCAAAGCUGGGAGUCCCGGAUAAGAUCUCAAUCAACGUCUGUGCGUCCCUUGUGCUGAGAGAGAAGAGUUUCAGGAGGGUGGACGUGGCGGGCCUGUCGCAACUGGUAGAGGGAGCAGGAUACUUGAGUACGAGGAGGUCAUGCCAGAAGGUUGUGAUCGUCAUGGUUGAGAAGAUUCUGAAGACGCUCAACUCCAACUCCACCAAGAAAGGGCUACUGACGGCCAAGGAUUGGUUCAGAUUGCUGAUGGGUCUGGGAAGGCUGAGAUUUCGAGGGGAGGACUCGACCUUGCAGUCUCUGAUAGAUCAUUUCGGUCAUCAAGAUCAACUCUUGGAAGCAUACAAACCCUGGGAAAUCGCUCAUAUUUGCUGGUCUUUAACAAGUCUUGGUUGUCAGGAGCGCUGGAUCGUUCAAGCGCUGGCCAAGAGGUUUUGUCAGGAUGUCGACAUGGCGAAUUUGCAAGGAGCGGUGUUUGUGCUAUGGUCGAUGGGAGUUCUUGGUGUGGAGGAUGAUGCAGUGUUGGAGAAGCUCUCUCGCAUUAUCUGUUCAAAGGCUUCUCGACUAACGGCUCACAACCUGGUCCACUGUGUCGCAGCCUUCCACAAGCUCUCGACGGUCAGGAAGGACGAGGAUGCAGAGCUGACCAUCGACCGACCGGUGCUUGAAGCUCUGAAAGAUUUUCCGACAUGGAGGAAUUCAUCCUUUACGUUCGAUGAGAAAUCUGAUGUCAGAAUCUUUCAAGCUUACAAAACGAAAGCUGUCCUUGCAAGCCGACUUGUUCGGAAAUGUUUGUCCGAUGAUGGAUUGAUGGUUGUGCUGAUGAUGAAGAUGUCGGUGACAUCUUUUGUCAUAAGAUCGCAAGUUGCAUCAAGGAGAAAUGAUUUGCGUCUACGCGAGCCCGAAGCGUUUUUCUGCUGCAUCCAAGACAAAUUGGACUGA